AAUUAUCACAAUAAAUGUGAACAAUACCAUACAUCGUACUAAAGCAAUAAGGCUUGUUUUGUCCAAGAAAUAAAAUGUGGAAAAUAUUUUCUGUUAUGUUUAUAGGCCUAGCCACAACUGCUCCAGUAACGUAUAAAGUGACAGAUCUUAUAGAUGUACUGAUCUCGCCAAUCAAUAAAUUCUCCAUCGAAUUGUUGAACAGCACAUACAAUUAUCAGAGAAGUAAUUUAAAGUUGAAAAACGUAGUCAUAGCACCCUUUUCGAUAUGGAACGUCUUCUCUUUACUCGCCGAAGGUGCGUCGGGGAAGAGCUUUCUAGAAUUGUCGAAAGCGUUACGGUUGUCCAGUGAAAGAAGAUCGAUUCAGAGGCAACACCGCUUUGCGAGAAAUUUCUUGAGGAGUCGCGACGAGAAUGUUGUAAUAAAUGCUCAAACAAUCAUGCUGUACGAUAAAAACUUCAGUGUUUGCCCGCAAUUUGCUCAGUCAACUGUCAAUCGUGAUACAGACAUCUUUCCAGUUGACACCCGCAAUCCAACAAAAUUAGCGAAAGAAAUCAACGAUUUCAUAUCGCGAGCAACAAACGGAAAAAUUGGUAAUGCAGUAAAACCAGAUAUUUUGGAGAAUCUAAAAAUGAUUAUAAUUGAUGCUCUUUACUUCAAUUCUGAUUGGACUGUACAAUUUGAUGUUGACAAAACAAGAACACGACCGUUUUACAACUACAAUGGUGACGAAAUAGGAUUUGUUAAUAUGAUGACUCAGAAAGCUAUUUACAAUAUCAAAGACGUUCCGGCAAUCGAAGCGAAUGUAUUAGAAUUAACAUAUGGGAAAAACAAGCAAUUUUCUAUGCUCAUCGUGUUGCCAUUCAAAGGGAUAUCGAUUGACAAACUUUUGAGAAAUAUGGCAUCGUGUUCAUCGAAUUGGAUGAAUAGUAUGAGUUUUGAAAGUGUCCAAAUGCAAUGUUCGAUACCAAGAUUUAAGUUAACCUCCCAAACAGAUGUAAUACCGGCGUUACAGUCUAUGGGAAUAAUGUCCAUUUUCGACAAGCAACAAGCUAGAUUGGAGGGUGUAUCAAAUAUUUCCUUAUUUGUAUCGCAAACAGUACAAAAUAUAGAAAUGGACGUGACCGAAACCGGGACUACAGUAGCUUCGUCCACGAUGGUAGGGUUAGAAACAAAGAAAUUGGAAAUGUUCAUUGCAGAUCGAGAAUUUGUUUUCUUGAUUAAAGAAAGAAGAUCUAAUUUAAUAUUGUUUGCGGGAGUGUACGAAGAUCCAUCGUCUUCUUGAA